CUACUAUAGUGUUAAAUGAGUUGAACUGGACUGCUGCAUUGGAUGAAGUGUUUAAGAAGAACUCCGCUGAAGACAAAACUCUUUUAUGGCAAGUGUUUGGAAGUGCAACUGGACUGGCCAGGUACUACCCAGCGUCUCCAUGGGUGGAUAAGAGCAGAACUCCAAAUAAAAUUGACCUUUAUGAUGUUAGAAGGCGACCAUGGUAUAUUCAAGGAGCUGCAUCUCCAAAAGACAUGCUUAUCUUGGUGGAUGUGAGCGGCAGUGUCAGUGGGCUGACAUUGAAGUUGAUAAGAACCUCUGUGACUGAGAUGCUGGAAACCCUCUCAGAUGAUGAUUUUGUGAAUGUUGCUGCUUUUAACAGCAAUGCCCAUGAUGUCAGCUGCUUCAACCAUCUUGUCCAGGCAAAUGUUCGUAAUAAAAAGGUUCUAAAAGAAGCAGUCAAUAAUAUAACAGCCAAAGGGACAACAGACUACAAGCAAGGUUUCAAGUUUGCUUUUGACCAGCUCCGAAAUACUAAUGUAUCAAGAGCAAACUGUAAUAAGAUCAUCAUGUUGUUUACUGAUGGAGGGGAGGAUAAAGCAACAGAAACAUUUAAACUCUAUAAUAAGAAUAAAACAGUCCGGGUUUUUACCUUUUCUGUUGGACAGCAUAAUUAUGAUAAGGGACCUAUACAAUGGAUGGCUUGUGAAAACAAAGGUUAUUAUUAUGAGAUUCCAUCCAUUGGAGCAAUUCGUAUUAACACACAGGAAUAUUUAGAUGUCCUUGGAAGACCAAUGGUUUUGGCGAGAGAAAAGGCAAAGCAAGUACAGUGGACUAAUGUUUAUUUGGAUGCCUUGGAGUUGGGCCUUGUCAUCACUGGUACCUUGCCUGUUUUUAAUUUGACAGGGGACCGUAAGGAAAAUAAACGCAACAAAUCCAAAGCGAAUCCAAAAUCACAGGAACCAGUUACACUUGAUUUCUUGGAUGCAGAGUUGGAAAAUGAACACAAAGUGGAGAUUCGUACAAAAAUGAUAGAUGGAGAGAUUGGAGAACGCACCUUUCAAACACUAGUUAAAUCCCAAGACGAGAGAUAUAUUGACAAAGCUAACAGAACAUAUACAUGGGGUCCAGUGAAUGGAACAGACUACAGUCUUGCCUUAGUGUUGCCAUCCUACAGCUUUUAUUACAUUAAAGCUAAACUGGAAGACACAAUGACUCAAGCAAAAUCCAAAAAAAGCAGAAUAAAGGACUCUGAAACUUUGAAACCCGAGCAGUUUGACGAAGCUGGCGCAACUUAUCUUGCACCAAGGGAAUACUGUACUGAUCUGCCUAUUUCUAGUAAUAACACAGAAUUCCUUGUAAAUUUUAAUAAUUACAUAGACACAAAAACACCUUCAUACAAAGAAUUAUGGACAUUCAUGCAUGUUUGUGAGCUACUGUGGGAGCUAAAGAGGGCAUGUCUUCUGACAGGAAGUGAGGCAAAAAAGGGGGUCUCUGCUAGAUUUGUAGCUACAGAUGGUGGGAUCACAAGAGUGUAUCCAAAAAGUGCUGGGGAGUACUGGUUCGAAGACCCUGAAACGUAUGAGGAUAGUUUUUACAAGCGCAGUUUGGACAAUGACAAUUAUAUUUUUACAGCCCCUUAUUUCAACAGAACCGGGCUUGCUUCUUAUGAAAAUGGUAUAAUGGUUAGCAAAGCAGUGGAAAUAACUAUUAAUGGUAAACUACUUAAGCCGGCUGUUGUUGGAGUUAAAAUAGACUUCGAAAAUUGGAUGAGGAAUUUUACAACUUUUACCACUAUAGAAUCGUGCAGGGUUGAUGAAGCCUGUAACUGUAAACUGGACAGCUCGCAUCUGGACUGUGUAAUUCUUGAUGAUGGCGGUUUUCUUUUGAUGUCAAAUCAGAAGAGUUACAAUUCACAGAUUGGGAAAUUCUUUGGAGAGAUUGACCCAAGCCUGAUGAAAAAGCUUGUCAAUAUUUCUGUAUAUGCAUUUAAUAAGUCUUAUGACUACCAGUCUGUGUGUGAUCCAGGUGAAGAGCCAGCGAGGACAGCUGCUCCCCGCUCUGUGUUUGUGCCUACAAUAGCUGACAUUUUAAAUCUUGGAUGGUGGGCUUCUGCUGCUGCUUGGUCUAUAUUACAGCAGUUACUCUGGAGUCUUACCUUUCCAAACUUUAACGAGGCUGCUGAAUUUGAUGAUGAUGACUUUUCUUCCAUUAUGUCAAAGCAGAGCUGUAUCACUGAACAAACCCAAUAUUUUUUUGAAGAUAACACUACAUCUUUUAAUGGGCAUCUAGACUGCAUCACCUGCACAAGAAUCUACCAUGUUGAAAAGCUUGCCAACACCAAUUUGCUCUUCAUAAUAGUAGACAGUCGUCACACAUGUGAUGCUUGUGAUCAACAACCUCUAAUACAAGCAGAACAACGCUCGAAUGGACCUGAUCCAUGCCUGCUUGCUCAGAAUCCACGGUACAGAAAAGGUCCUGAUGUUUGCUUUGACCAAGAUGAUUUGGAGGAUGACAGUGACUGCGGUGGAGUAUCUGGCUUGACUCCUUCACUAUGGUCCAUGAUAGGCAUUCAAUUUGUCCUGCUCUGGCUUUUAUCUGGUAGCAAGCAUUGUCAGUUAUGACCCUGAAAACCAAAAUAUGAAUUACUAAUGUCAACAUCCUGCCAAAAGAUUUACCCUGGAUUUACCUUAAACAAGGUCACUUGAAAUGAAGACCUUGGAAGAAUGGCUGUGUUCAUGCUGUAACUAUCAAUGUGGGAGAGAUUCACAAAGGCAUCUACAAAGUCUGCAUGUUGGAGUGUCAAAUCCUUAAUGGUAAAUUCUGAGAAUGCUGCAUCAUCUAUGCCAUCAGAACAGAAAUCUACAGUCAAUGUGCUUUAUUGAACAAUCUAAGAUGAUCUUUGUUGCAUCGUCAAUGACUAUAUGUAAAAGGGCUCCCUUUAAUAUUGCUUCUGUACAACAUAAUUUGUAGAAUUUCUUUUUUGAAUUUCAGUUUGUUGCACUCCCAGCCCUUUAUGCAUCCACUUGUGUACAUCAGAUCUAUUUUAUUAUUGUGCACUGUGUUUA